AUGUUAAGUUCCAAAGCAGUUAGAUCCUCAGACAAUGAUGCAAAGGAUGCAAAGGAUGCAAAGGAUUCAAAGAAUGGAAAGGAUGCAAAGGAUGCAAAGAAUGGAAAGGAUUCAAAGAAUGGAAAGGAUGCAAGGAAUGGAAAGGAUGUAAAGAAUGCAAAGGAUGAAAAGAAUGCAAAGGAUGCAAAGGAUGCAAAGGAUGCAAAGGAUGUAAAGGAUGCAAAGGAUACAAAGAAUGGAAAGGAUGCAAAGGAUGCAAAGGAUACAAAGAAUGCAAAGGAUGCAAAGGAUGCACAGGAUGCAAAGGAUGCAAAGAAUGGAAAGGAUUCAAAGAAUGGAAAGGAUGCAAAGAAUGCAAAGAAUGCAAAGGAUGCAAAGGAUGCAAAGAAUGAAAAGGAUGCAAAGGAAGGAAAGGAUGCAAAGGAUGCAAAGGAUGCAAAGGAUGCAAAGGAUGCAAAGGAUUCAAAGGAUGCAAAGAAUGUAAAGGAUAGAAAGAAUGAAAAGGAUGCAAAGGAUGCAAAGGAUUCAAAGAAUGGAAAGGAUCCAAAGGAUGCAAAGAAUGCAAAGGAUGCAAAGGAUGCAAAGGAUGCAAAGAAUGGAAAGGAUUCAAAGAAUGGAAAGGAUGCAAGGAAUGGAAAGGAUGUAAAGAAUGCAAAGGAUGAAAAGAAUGCAAAGGAUGCAAAGGAUGCAAAGGAUGCAAAGGAUGCACAGGAUGCAAAGGAUGCAAAGAAUGGAAAGGAUUCAAAGAAUGGAAAGGAUGCAAAGGAUACAAAGGAUACAAAGAAUGCAAAGGAUGCAAAGGAUGCAAAGGAUACAAAGAAUGCAAAGGAUGCGAAGGAUGCGCAGGAUGCAAAGGAUGCAAAGAAUGGAAAGGAUUCAAAGAAUGGAAAGGAUGCAAAGGAUGCAAAGAAUGCAAAGGAUGCAAAGGAUGCAAAGAAUGAAAAGGAUGCAAAGGAUGCAAAGGAUGCAAAGAAUGAAAAGGAUGCAAAGGAUGCAAAGAAUGCAAAGGAUGCAAAGGAUGCAAAGAAGGCAAAGGAUGCCAAGGAUGCAAAGGAUGCAAAGAAUGAAAAGUAUGCAAAGGAUGCAAAGAAUGGAAAGGAUGCAAAGAAUGGAAAGGAUGCAAAGAAUGGAAACGAUGCAAAGAAUGUAAAAGAUGCAAAGAAUGGAAAGGAUGCAAAGAAUGCAAAGGAUGCAAAGCAUUGA